CGGACUGGACCGCUCGCCACUUUGCGCCACAAUGACUUCAUUCGACGACAUCUUGGAGGAAGUCGGCAAGUUUGGCCGCUGCCAGAAGCGCAUCUUCGCCCUGCUUUGUCUAGUGUCCGUCCCUUGGGCUGGCGUCUACGUGGGCAUCGUCUUCCAGGGUUUCACGCCCAACCACUGGUGCCGGGACGGUGCAGUGGUGCAGUGGAGGCAGUCGUGCGGCCGCAGCCCGGCUGAGGGUCGGCGGAUGACGGCGCCUCUAGUCAACGCGUCUGGCGAACCGCAAUACAGCAGCUGCGAGCAGUACGAUGUGGACUGGAACGCCACGCUCACCUGCGACACCACCCAAGUUGACCUGAGUGGGAUGCCCACCAAGCUCUGCUCCAGCGGGUGGGAAUACGACUACGAGGGGAGGCAGUCCUUCGUCACUGAGUUUGACCUGGUGUGUUCCGACGCCUGGCUGAUGGACAUGUUCCAGGCCAUGCUCAACAUCGGCUUCCUGCUGGGAAGCAUCGCCAUCGGUUACCUGGCAGACAGGUUUGGUAGGAAAUUGAGCUUUGUGAUUUCCAACGUGUUUAACGGCAUGGCGGGCAUUCUGGUGGCCUUGGCGCCCAACUACGUGUCCAUGCUGAUCUUCAGGAUGCUCUUCGGGUUCGGCGUGAAGGGUGGAUGGAUGGCAGGUUACGUGCUGAUCACAGAGAUUGUGGGCGUGGAGUCGCGGCGCACAGUGGGCAUUUUGUACCAGAUGUUCUUCAGUGUGGGCCUGGUGGUGCUGCCCCUACUGGCCUACUACAUCUCUGACUGGCGCUGGCUGCAGGUCGUCAUCACCAUUCCUUACUUCCUCUACAUCUUCUACUACUGGUUUAUCCCGGAGUCUCCAAGAUGGCUUCUAUCGCAAAACAAGAACUCCCAAGCCGUGACAGUCACUGAGGCAAUGGCCAAGGAGAACAAAAGGACACUGAGCAAAGACAUUGAGACGCUGGCCGACGACAACGCCGCCACGUCGUCCACCGCCUCCCUGAUGGACCUGGUCCGAACGCCCAACAUGAGGAAGCACACCUUCAUUCUCAGCUACAACUGGUUCACCAGCGCCGUGGUUUACCAGGGUCUGAUCAUGCGUCUGGGCAUCAUGGGAGGAAACGUCUACAUCAGCUUCCUGAUCUCCGCCCUGAUGGAAUUCCCCGCUGCCUUCCUCAUCCUCUUCACCAUCGAACGUGUGGGCCGCCGCCUCCCCUUCGCCGCCGCCAACGCUGUGGCUGGAGCCGCCUGCUUCAUCGCCGUCUUCCUUCAGGACGGUUGGUUGAAGACGGCGGUCACGUGCGUGGGCCGGCUGGGCAUCACCAUGACGUUCGAGAUGGUCGUCUUUGUCAACACGGAACUCUACCCGACUUUUGUCAGGAAUCUGGGCGUGUCUGUGUGUUCCACGCUGUGCGACGUGGGCGGGAUCGUGGCCCCGUUCUUGCUCUACCGGCUGGCCGUCAUCUGGCUGGAGCUGCCACUCAUCAUCUUUGGCUUCUUAGCUUUCCUGGCUGGCGGUUUGGUCUUGAUGCUUCCGGAAACCCGCGGGGUCCCGCUGCCCGACACCAUUGACGAUGUCGAACACCCAGAAAAGAUGAAGUACAAAGCGGCGGAGCAGCAGUUGUCCAGCAGGCUACUCCACAACACCAACAGCAACAUUUCCACCAACCAAGAACCCGCAAGUGUCUGAAAUCCUUAACCGAUUCCCUUAUUUAUUUAUACUCCAAACUACUUUUGUUCAUUUUUGAUCACAAAACUCUUGCUGGAUGCUGUGUGGUAUCUAAACAAGUGAAUGUUUGCGAUCAUGAGCGUCCUCUUAGUUAGCUUGACCACAGCCGCUUCAUGCAAUAAAUCAGAAAGACAA